AUGUCAGGAGCCGUCGCCACCUUCACAAACCCGCGACUACUGGAGCGCACUGGUGCUGAGCGCACCGAAUAUGAAGAUGCCUACCAGUGGCGAGGGCUUCCAGAAAAGCCCCAAGACACCCAAGAAGACUUCGACACCGCCAACCCGCCCGUAGACCCCGCCAUGUACAACACGACCACCAAGGACGCCUACAAGAAGCACGACCCCGACGCGUACAGGCGCGACAUGCCGGCGGACGACGGUGAGGGCUACGAGAAGGUGCCCGUGGACCCCGCCAUGUACAACACGACCACCAAGGACGCCUACAAGAAGCACGACCCCGACGCGUACAGGCGCGACAUGCCGGCGGACGACGGUGAGGGCUGCGAGAAGGUGCCCGUGGACCCCGCCAUGUACAACACGACCACCAAGGACGCCUACAAGAAGCACGACCCCGACGCGUACAGGCGCGACAUGCCGGCGGACGACGGUGAGGGCUACGAGAAGGUGCCCGUGGACCCCGCCAUGUACAACACGACCACCAAGGACGCCUACAAGAAGCACGACCCCGACGCGUACAGGCGCGACAUGCCGGCGGACGACGGUGAGGGCUACGAGAAGGUGCCCGUGGACCCCGCCAUGUACAACACGACCACCAAGGACGCCUACAAGAAGCACGACCCCGACGCGUACAGGCGCGACAUGCCGGCGGACGACGGUGAGGGCUACGAGAAGGUGCCCGUGGACCCCGCCAUGUACAACACGACCACCAAGGACGCCUACAAGAAGCACGACCCCGACGCGUACAGGCGCGACAUGCCGGCGGACGACGGUGAGGGCUACGAGAAGGUGCCCGUGGACCCCGCCAUGUACAACACGACCACCAAGGACGCCUACAAGAAGCACGACCCCGACGCGUACAGGCGCGACAUGCCGGCGGACGACGGUGAGGGCUACGAGAAGGUGCCCGUGGACCCCGCCAUGUACAACACGACCACCAAGGACGCCUACAAGAAGCACGACCCCGACGCGUACAGGCGCGACAUGCCGGCGGACGACGGUGAGGGCUACGAGAAGGUGCCCGUGGACCCCGCCAUGUACAACACGACCACCAAGGACGCCUACAAGAAGUACGACCCCGACGCGUACAGGCGCGACAUGCCGGCGGACGACGGUGAGGGCUACGAGAAGGUGCCCGUGGACCCCGCCAUGUACAACACGACCACCAAGGACGCCUACAAGAAGUACGACCCCGACGCGUACAGGCGCGACAUGCUGGCGGACGACGGUGAGGGCUACGAGAAGGUGCCCGUAGACCCCGCCAUGUACAACACGACCACCAAGGACGCCUACAAGAAGCACGACCCCGACGCGUACAGGCGCGACAUGCUGGCGGACGACGGUGAGGGCUACGAGAAGGUGCCCGUGGACCCCGCCAUGUACAACACGACCACCAAGGACGCCUACAAGAAGCACGACCCCGACGCGUACAGGCGCGACAUGCCGGCGGACGACGGUGAGGGCUACGAGAAGGUGCCCGUGGACCCCGCCAUGUACAACACGACCACCAAGGACGCCUACAAGAAGUACGACCCCGACGCGUACAGGCGCGACAUGCCGGCGGACGACGGUGAGGGCUACGAGAAGGUGCCCGUGGACCCCGCCAUGUACAACACGACCACCAAGGACGCCUACAAGAAGCACGACCCCGACGCGUACAGGCGCGACAUGCCGGCGGACGACGGUGAGGGCUACGAGAAGGUGCCCGUGGACCCCGCCAUGUACAACACGACCACCAAGGACGCCUACAAGAAGUACGACCCCGACGCGUACAGGCGCGACAUGCCGGCGGACGACGGUGAGGGCUACGAGAAGGUGCCCGUGGACCCCGCCAUGUACAACACGACCACCAAGGACGCCUACAAGAAGCACGACCCCGACGCGUACAGGCGCGACAUGCCGGCGGACGACGGUGAGGGCUACGAGAAGGUGCCCGUGGACCCCGCCAUGUACAACACGACCACCAAGGACGCCUACAAGAAGCACGACCCCGACGCGUACAGGCGCGACAUGCCGGCGGACGACGGUGAGGGCUACGAGAAGGUGCCCGUGGACCCCGCCAUGUACAACACGACCACCAAGGACGCCUACAAGAAGCACGACCCCGACGCGUACAGGCGCGACAUGCCGGCGGACGACGGUGAGGGCUACGAGAAGGUGCCCGUGGACCCCGCCAUGUACAACACGACCACCAAGGACGCCUACAAGAAGUACGACCCCGACGCGUACAUUUGUACUAACGAUGAGGGGCCUGCUGAAGACGAGGUAGUACCGCUGUCCGACAGGGCUUCCUCUAGACGGGAGGAGAGGCG